AUGGGGGUGCUGCGGUUGGGAAGCCUGACGGUGUUUCUAUCGGAUACCCUGGUUAGUGCUUUCACGACAGGUGCUGCCGUCCACGUCGCCACGUCCCAGAUCAGGCACGUCUUUGGUCUUCUACUCCCAAGGCACGACGGACCCCUCAAAAUCGUUUUGACGUAUAGAGAUUUCUUCCCCAUGAUCAUGAAAUCGAACAUGGCAGCCGUGGUCAUGUCCUUCAUCACCAUGUUCGUCUUGGUCUGCAACAACGAUUACUUGAAGCCGUGCCUGGCCAAGAGUUGCCGAUUCCCGGUGCCGAUCGAAUUGAUCUGCGUGGUUAUCGGGACCGUGGCAUCCUACGGGGCGGAAAUGGACCGCACUUACAACCUCAGCACUGUCGGCUACCUCCCAACCGGGCUGCCUGGUCCAAGGUUGCCACCCCUCUGGUUGAUGGGUGAGGUGGAUUUCAUGAUCCAGUGCCUCGUGAUUGCCAUCGUCAGCUAUUCUACAUCCAUUUCCUUGGCCAAGCUAUUUGCUCGCAAGGCCGGCUAUCAGAUCUUUCCCAAUCAGGAGCUUCUGGCAACGAUAGCAGACCUGAAAAAGGCGUGGCGGGUAAGCAAGUUGGACGCGUUUGUCUGGGUCAUGACAUUCUUGUCCGUGACCUUGAUCGACAUCGACUACGGCCUUGCCAUUGGGGUCGCCUCUUCUCUCUUCACCUUGAUCUGGAGAAACCAACGAGCUUACGCCUGCGUCCUGGGACAUAUACCGAACUCAGGAAUCUACGUCGACAUUCGCCGAUUCUAUUUAGCAAAGGAGGAGGAAGACAUAAAAAUCCUACAUUACGGGGCAGGGAUCCACUUCGGAAAUCGGGAGGCAUUCAAGCUGCAGGUCUACAAGCUGACACAACUGGAACCCGAGAAAUGGGAGAAGGAAAUAGAGAAGAAGAAGAAGCAGAAAGGGAAGAUGGUGACGGAGGGAGACAGCUGCUCUGAGUCGAAAGCAGCACCUGAGGAAGUAGUAAUACGUCGACUUCCUUUUCGGCAUCUUAUCCUGGAUUUGACGGGAGUAAGUUUCAUCGAUGCAUCAGGCAUCUCCACCCUCGUCCACCUCAUCACCGAGUAUCAAAACAUCGGCGUCCAGACAUACUUCACUGGAGUAAAGGAACCACAGUUGAAGAUGUUCCGAAGGAUGGAAUUCUUUGGCAUCGUGCCCCUAGCUCAUUUUUUCCCAACUGUGUCAGAUGCAGUUCUCCAUUGUACCAAAGCCACUGCCGAUUUUCAUGUUUGAAAUUUUCCUAGGUAGCAUUCCACAAAUCGGGCGUAAGAG